GCGGGGAUCGAACUCACGGCUGCGUCCCAAUCCUCAGCAGGAAACUCUUCAUCGCUUCAGCGAUGGCGGAGGCCCACCAGGCGGUGGCGUUCCAGUUCACCAUCACCCCUGAGGGCAUCGACCUGCGGCUGUCCUACCAGGCCCUGAACCAGAUCUACCUGUCGGGGGUCCGGUCCUGGAAGAAGAGAGUCAGUCGCAUCAGGAACAGGGUGAUAAAGGGCGUGUACCCCGCCAGCCCCUCCUCCUGGCUCUUUGUCGUCAUAGCGAUCCUGGCCACCAUGUACAUGCGCUCGGAUCCCAGCAUGGGGCUCAUCGCCAAGAUACAGCAACACCUGCCGCUCAGCCUGAACGUGUCUCUGAGCACUCAGGGGCAGACCAUGCUGUCGGCGCUGGUCUUCAGCACGCUGCUGUGGCUCAGCCUCAUCCUCGCCCUGCGCUUCUGCCUCAAGCUGCUGCUCUCCUACCACCAGUGGAUGUUCGAGCAGCACGGCCGAGUCUCCAACACCACCAAAGUCUGGGUGACGCUGCUGAGGUUGUUAUCGAGCAGGAAGCCGCUGCUGUACAGUUACCAGACGUCUCUACCUCACCUGCCUGUCCCUGCCAUCAGAGACACACUGAACAGGUACCUGGAGACGGUGCGCCCCCUGCUGACCGAGCCGGAGUUUGAGCGGAUGACUAAACUCGGGAACCAGUUCGAGUCCAGUCUGGGAAACCGCCUCCAGCGCUACCUGAAGCUUAAAGCUCUGUGGGCCACCAACUAUGUGAGCGACUGGUGGGAGGAGUUUAUCUACCUGAGAAGCCGAGGCCCCCUCAUGGUCAACAGCAACUACUACGGCAUGGACUUUCUUUACGUGACCCCGACCCCGCUGCAGGCCGCCAGAGCAGGAAACACCAUCGCUGCUCUGCUGAUGUACCGCCGCAAAGUCAACCGGGAGGAACUCAAACCGAGUCGUGUUCCAGGCACCGUCAUCCCUCUGUGUGCCGCUCAGUGUGAGAGGAUGUUCAACACAACACGCACUCCAGGAGAAGAGACCGACGUGCUGCAGCACUGGCAGGACAGCGAGUUCGUGGCGGUUUACCACAAAGGCCGAUUCUUCCGUCUGUGGGUGUACCGCGCCGGCCGCCUGCUGUGCCCACGUGAGAUCGAGUUCCAGGUCCAGAGGAUCCUGGACGAAACCUCACCGCCGCAGACCGGAGAGGAGAAACUGGGAGCUCUCACAGCUGGAGACAGGGUCCCUUGGUCUCACAUCAGGAAGCAGCACUUCAGCUCCGGCAUAAACAAGCGCUCGCUGGACGCCAUCGAGAGGGCGGCGUUCUUCGUGACGCUGGACGACGAAGAGCAAGGCAUGAAGGGCGAGGACCCGGUGGGGAACCUGGACCGCUACGCCAAGUCGCUGCUCCACGGGAAAUGUUACGACAGGUGGUUUGAUAAAUCCUUCUCCAUCGUGAUCUACAAGAACGGGAAGAGUGGCCUGAACGCGGAGCACUCGUGGGCGGACGCUCCCACCGUGGCUCACCUGUGGGAGUACACCCUGGCCACAGAUGCCUUCCAGCUGGGCUACACUGAGGACGGCCACUGUAAAGGAGAGGUGGACCGCUCGCUGCCCCACCCGCAGAGGCUCCACUGGGACAUUCCCUCAGAGGUUGAGGAUCAGGUGCACAGGUCCCUCGCUGUGGCUCAAGUGAUCGCCGACGACGUGGACUGUCACGUGUUCCCGUUCAGAGACUUCGGCAAAGGUCGCAUCAAGAAGCUGCGCGUCAGCCCAGAUGGCUUCAUACAGAUCAGCCUACAGCUGGCGUACUACAGGGACCGUGGGAAUUUUUGUUUGACCUAUGAGGCGUCGAUGACCCGUCUGUUCCGGGAGGGCCGCACGGAGACCGUUCGAUCCUGCUCCAACGAAAGCUCUGACUUUGUGAAAGCUCUGGAACGUGGAGAGACACGGGAGCAGUGCAGGCAUCUCUUCAAACUGGCGUCAGAGCGACACCAGAACCUCUAUCGAAUGGCCAUGACCGGAGCCGGGAUCGACCGACACCUCUUCUGUCUGUACGUGGUGUCCAAGUACCUGGGGGUGGAGUCCCCGUUCCUGAAGGAGGUUCUGUCGGAGCCAUGGCGUCUCUCCACCAGUCAGACGCCGGUUCAGCAGAUGGAGCUGUUCGACCUGAAGAACCAUCCGGACUUUGUGUCGCUGGGCGGCGGCUUCGGACCCGUUGCUGAUGAUGGUUAUGGCGUCUCUUACAUCAUCGUGGGCGAGGAUAUGAUCAACUUCCACGUGUCGUCCAAACGCUCCUGCAGUGACACCGACUCCCACAGGUUCGGAGCUCAGAUAAGUAAAGCUCUCCAGGACGUCAUGGUUCUCCUCACUCCCGACGCCAAAACCUCGAAGCCUCAGUCCAAGAAGCUCCUGUGAACACAGCGUCUCACACGUGUUCCCCUGACGACGAGCCUAGAAACCAUAGGGAAGCUGUUUUUAAUUCACAACCGCCAUAGGACAUGAAUUGAAAGCAUUGUUUAGAUUGAAGGGAAGGAAUUUAGGGAGAAGAGUUGCUUGUUGUUUCAGGUGAAACACCAACGUAGCUCCAGGCUCUUGUCACACAGACACAUAUCUGUUGUAGGAUCUUAUCAAGAACAAGGGAAUGUGGGCACACCUCACCUGAGCUAUAAUUUGAAUUUUUACAGAUAAAGGCCACUCCUCUCUGUUUAGACACGGCCUCAUAUUCAGCACUAACACAUAGACUUUAGUUUAUUUCUGUAAUAUUACGUGGAAAGGAAGUGAAGGACAAAUCUCCCUCAGAAUAAGUGGAACGGUUCAAGAGUUCCUUAAUCUCAAUAAAAGUGAAGAGGAAACUGUCAGUGUGAAAUGACGCUUUGCAGCUGAUCCCACUGACGCAUACUAACAGUUCAAGGUCAUGAAGUAUGAGUACGAGUAUUGUGUUCAUCGAAUCUGAAACGCUGAAGGAAUGACGUGAGACGAUCACAUCUCAAACUGACAUGAACUCCAGAGAAGGUCGGCUUCUCUUUCACACAUGAACAGCGCAGCCGGAGAUUCUCUGCUCGGAUGCGUCUGAAUAAUGUACAAACUGCAGAGAUCACAUGUUUAUGUUUAAACCACAUUAUCAGCGGCAAACUCUCACACAAAGCAGAUGUUAUCAGAGAAUCUCCUGUUUCUCACAUCAACUUCUGGUUGGUUUUCUUUGUGCGUUUGUGUCACAGGGAAACAAACAGAAAAUGUCCAGUUAACUGGUUUAGAGAUUUUUAUUCUCAUUCAGUGGUUAAAACCCCAGAUGUGUGUCUGGUUGUUAGUGUCUGCUGGAAUGCAGCCCAGUGGAAAAGCAAAUGCUGACUAAUAGUUCCUCCGCUUCAUACAAUAUGGUCUUAUGCAACAUUCAUUUGGUUCCUCGUUUGAAUUGAGUUGCGCCACAUUUGUUUUAGAUUUACAAGAUUCACCUUUUGCUGUUUGUCAGGAUCUACUUUGUCUUCGAUCAGCUGACGACUCAAUGUGAUACUGAAGUUUUACUUACAGCCAUGUGAAGGAAGGAAGGAAGAAAUACAGAAGUGCAAACUACUUCAGUUGUUUAGCUUCUCAUGUCAGUGAGUUGGUUUAUUGAGGUGCAGAUGUUUUUCUGCUGUAUAAGGUUUGGAAACAUGUUCUUACUCUCACAUACUGAACCAGUUACGUGCAUCUUUCUGGAAACCGAUCUCAGUCUGUCCCAUGCCUCAUCGUUGGCUUUCUUUAGCUCCACAUCUGUUUCCUCGGGCUCUAGUUGGGUUUUGUCCAGCUGCCAAGAAAUGUAUCGAAAGCAAAGUUUAUUUCCUAACCUGCUCCUAAUGAGGCUCUGCCUGCCAAUCCAUUUUAUAAUCACCAAUACAAAUAUUCAUUCACACAAUAGGAGGAAGUGAAGUCAGUUCGACUGCUUUAAAGGUCAAAGGUUUAAAAUGUCCAGUGACAUUGCAAACGUGCGUGUGCCUGAAGUCAAGUGUUGAUUCAGUUAAACCGUUUCAAUGCAACUUUAAAUUCAAUGCAACUCCUGAGGGAAAGCCUGAAAGGAAAUAUUGUGGAAGUGUCUUCUGUGUGCGUGUGUUGAGGAGAAGGUACGACCGGGUCAGAUGAUCGCCGUCGUCAGGUUCUCGUGUGCAGUGAUAAAAAUCUGGAAUCACAUUCGGGUCAAACUCAUAUUUUGUCCUUGUGACAUAAUGUUGUAUUUGUACGUCGCCUUUUGUGUGAAAACAAGUUUUUGUAGCUGUAACUUGUUGGUACAUUUGUAAAGAUGUUUUGUUACUGUAGAAACAUUUUGUACAUUUUAGAAAUUCUUCCCAUUUUCACAGCUGCAUUCACAAAACGUUCACAUCCACGAAAAAGGUCAAAAGUUACACACAAUUUAAAACAUGUAAUAAAUGUAGCGACAAAGCUUCCUUACACACACAAAAGGUUAUUCAACAUUAUUUCACCAGCACAAAGUAUAAGUGACCCUUAUUCCAUGAAAAGCUAUGAACUAAUUUACUGUAACACAUGAAACCAGAGUGAAUAUGAUUUCUGCUCCUCUCUCUAAUAGGAUUAGAGUGUUUGCAAUGAAAGAUUCUAGGUUUGUCGAGGCUUCGUUGACCUUCCGUCUUCGUCUGCUCACGUUUUCUUACUCUUCUAAACUUGUCUUUAACGUUUUGCUGACCUCAGACCACAGUGGCUUCUCUCCGUGUCUCAGGUCAUCUUGUGCCUCGUUUCCCAAACUGUUGAACGCCAGAGUAACAAAACUCACCAUCACGCUGUUUUCCAGCCAAAAGACGCUCGUCACCCAAUUACCAAUUAGUUCUGUAAAGCUGUUUUCCCUUGGUCUCAUUAUUAAGGGCUUCUGAUAAUUUAUUUCAUAAGAAUGUAUUUCUUCGGGGCCUCAUGUAAAUGUGUUGAUGUGACACAGACGUGUUUGAAGUCUCAGUAAUAUCUAUUGGUGCCUUACACUCUGCCUGAAACUCAUGGAACCAGUGAAGCCUAUCGUGAGCCUCAGUCCCAGCGGCUGCAGAGAGGAACUCGUGGAUCAGAUCUGAUGAUGGAACUCUGGCUUUCAGCAGUUUAGACAAAGUGUUUCUCAUAACCAGGCAACAGUUGAGUUUCAAUUAACUUUUAGAACGAAACUAAACCUGAACAUUAGCACUGUGUUUUCUUACCCAUUUGGUUUUGGGAUACUUUUAUCUACUGGUACGUUAUUUACUGUUUUGACUCUAUAGGUUAAUACUUGUAAUGCUUGAACAGUUGUGAUGUUUACUCACUAAACACUCCAGAAUAUUCUUGUUACUGAUUUUUUUUCAUUGUUAAACUUAUUUAAAUGUAAA